CUUAUGUAAGUUACAACGUCAUCUCAAUGACAAAAGUUGCAUAAAUAUGUUGCCACCGUCUGCUGCCUGUAACACAACUACUCCCACAACAACAACAAAAAAAUCAAAAUUCCUCUCUCGUCUCCUUCUCCUCUUCCUAUCUUUCUACAAUCGUCAGCACAAAGUCUAGGACUUGAAGGAAGCAAGAUGAGUAUUUUGUAUAUCAUCGUUGCAAUCAUCUUCUUUGCAUCUAUACUCGCUGCAAAGAACACCAGAAAGACAAAGAAAAACCUACCUCCUGGACCACCUAGACUUCCUAUAAUUGGCAACUUGCACCAACUGGGAUCCAAACCUCACCGUUCGAUGCUCAAGUUAUCUGAAGAAUAUGGAUCUCUAAUGUCCCUCAGGUUCGGAAACGUGUCUACCGUUGUGGCGUCAAGUCCAGAGACGGUGAAGGAUGUCUUAAAGACGUUCGACGCAGACUGUUGUUCCCGACCUUAUUUGACUUAUGCUGCAAGAGUUUCAUACAAUUUAAAUGAUCUUGCCUUUUCUCCUUAUAGCAAAUAUUGGAGGGAAGUACGGAAGAUGACGGUUCUUGAACUCUACACCGCGAAAAGGGUCAAAUCUUUUCGACAUAUAAGAGAAGAAGAAGUUGGUUCCUUUGUUGAUUUCUUGAAACAAUCUGCUUCAUUGGCCAACCCGGUUAACUUGAACAAGAAGUUAAUGAAGUUGUCUGGAAGUGUGAUUUGUAGAGUUGGUUUUGGGAUGAAUCUUAAAGGGAGCAAACUUGAGAAUACUUAUCAGGAAGUCAUUCAAGGAAUCAUGGAGGUGUUGGGGAGUUUUGCAGCAGCAGAUUACUUCCCGGUAAUUGGUAAAUUAAUCGAUAGGAUCACAGGGUUACAUAGCAAAUGUGAGAAGGUUUUCAAAGAAAUGGAUGCAUUUUUCGAUCAAUCUAUAAAGCAUCACCUUGAAGAUGAGAGCCUUGAAGAUGAUAUCAUAGCCUUGCUCUUAAAAAUGGAACGGGGAGAGACUUCACUUGGAAAGUUUCAACUUACAAGAAACCACACCAAAGGAAUUCUUCUAAAUGUUCUUAUUGCUGGAAUAGACACUUCUGCUCAUACUGUGACAUGGGUGAUGACACAUUUGAUUACAAACCCAAGAGUUCUGAAGAAAGUGCAAGCUGAGGUUCGAGAAGUGAUAAGAAACAAAAACCAUAUCACAGAAGAAGAUAUCGAACGACUCGAGUAUCUAAAAAUGGUGAUUAAAGAAACAUUUAGGAUAAGCCCACUUGUGCCACUUCUUAUUCCAAGAGAGGCUUCAAAAGAUAUCAAGAUUGGAGGUUACGACAUUCCAAAGAAGACAUGGAUCCAUGUCAAUGUAUGGGCUGUUCAUAGGAAUCCAAACGUUUGGAAAGAUCCAGAAACUUUCAUCCCCGAGAGGUUCAUGGACAAUGGGAUUGACUAUAAAGGUCUAGACUUUGAGUUGCUGCCUUUUGGUAGUGGAAGGAGGAUGUGCCCUGGUAUAGGUAUGGGUAUGGCUUUGGUACACUUAACUCUUAUCAAUCUUCUUUACCGUUUCGAUUGGAAGCUUCCGGAAGGAAGGGAGGCAAAAGAUGUUGAUCUUGAAGAAUCAUAUGGACUUGUCUGUCCUAAGAAAGUUCCACUUGAGCUUAUCCCGAUUCUUACUCAAUGGACUUGACUUCGAUUUAUAUUUUAAUGUAACCUUUGAAAGUGUUUUAAAGGUCUUACCAAUAUCAGUUAUCAUUAAGGAAAUUGUUUGAUGAAUCCAUCGUUUAGCACA